AUGUCUUCCGCUGCGAGCCCUACCACCCCCACCCCCAUGGCCGGGAUGUCCCCGGAAAACAGCAUCAUGGUGAUGGCCAUCGUGGCCGGAAUUUGCCUCCUGGGCUAUAUCAUAGCCCAGCCAUUUGCCCAGCGCUACCGCGCAAGGGGAGACGCGCGCUUUACCCUCCCCAUCGCCAACUGGACCGGCAAUCGCGCCGAGACCGCGAGACUUUUGGGCCUGGAAAGCACCAGGCAAUGCGAGUACUAUAUUGUCGCUGUUACUGUGCUCCCGGCCCUAGACCUCUUCCUGCGCGAGGGCCACGUCGGCCCCUUCAAACGCCGGGCAUUUUGGCCGCGCUACCGUGAUCGCCUGCUCCUACGCUCCCCACCGGGGAUGAAGAACCUCCCCGCCAUUGACCUCGCCAACCUCCCCGCCGCGCCCCCGGCUGCUGCGCAGCCUCCUGCGCUGGCCCCAGGGACCGCUGGCCCAGCAGCACCACUCCCCGCUCUCCCCGCCGCCGCCGGCAGCAGCCUUCUUCAAAGGGCCACCGAGCCGGCGAACGUGCCCUUGGACCGCCAGAUGAAUCCAAACGAGGGCCCAUCAUCCAGCUAG